ACGCACGCACGCACGCACGCGCAGCGCUGGUGGUUAAGGAGACGUCUUCUUGUGACACGUGACUCAACCCGGAACUUGGUGACGUCCCAGAACAACAAAGAUGGCAGGGAUAGGAAGCAGCAACUACUGGGAAGAUCUGCGAAAGCAGGCCAGACAGUUGGAGAAUGAACUUGAUCUGAAGCUGGUGUCCUUCAGUAAACUGUGCACCAGCUACAGCAGCUCCAGGGAUGGACGCCGAGGAGACACGUCAGACACCACCCCACUACUAAACAACUCUACCCAGGACAGGAUGUUUGACACCAUGUCAGUGGAGAUUGAACAGCUGCUGGCUAAACUGACUGCAGUGAAUGACAAGAUGGCAGAGUACACCAACACCCCGGGCACGGCUUCUCUCAAUGCUGCGCUCAUGCACACGCUUCAGAGACACAGAGACAUCCUACAGGAUUACACGCAUGAAUUCCACAAAACCAAAGGUAACUUCUUGGCCAUCCGGGAAAGGGAAGACCUGCUAGGGUCUGUCAGGAAAGAUAUUGAGACCUACAAGAGUGGCUCCGGGGUCAACAACAGAAGAACAGAGCUGUUUCUAAAGGAGCAUGAACACCUGAGAAAUUCGGACCGACUGAUGGAUGACACAAUAAGUAUUGCCAUGGCGACCAAGGAGAACAUGACCUCCCAAAGGGGCUUGCUGAAAUCCAUACAGAGCAGGGUCAACACGCUGGCCAACCGUUUCCCAACCAUCAACAAUCUCAUCCAACGAAUCAACCUGCGGAAGAGACGGGACUCCCUCAUCCUCGGCACAGUGAUCGGCGUCUGCACCAUUCUCCUCCUGCUCUAUGCUUUUCACUGAACAUGCCGACCUGGUGAAAUGUUUUAAAGGAGCAGGAUUGUUCUGCUUUCUUUGUAGCGUGGGAACCACAGGAGACUGAGCUCAGUAAUUGAAGGACCCUAGAGGCUCCCGAAUGGAAGGACGUUUAUUUGGUCCAGUUCUUGAAUGGGACCAACGUGAACUACUGAACUUGUAUUCAACAGUGGGACAGAUGGAGGGCUGGUAGUUGGGUGCUCUUCUAUCAACAAGGGGAAGGAAAGCAGGAGUACAAAUAAGACAAGAUUUUAAACAAUUAUAUUGAUAACUUACUUGGAGGGAGACGAAGGAAAGAGACUGUGAGAAUGUGUAAUGUAUCAUGUUUUUCACAGGUUGAAGAAUUUUUAAGUUGAAUGGUUCUUUUUAAUUGAUGGAGUGGGACUACUUCAUUGUGGGCUGUAAAAUGUGAAUUAAUAAAUUAUUCAUAUAGUAUGUGCAAAA